AAAGAGAAGAUGGGGAAAGGCUGCAAGGUGGUGGUCUGUGGCUUGCUAUCUGUGGGGAAAACGGCGAUCUUGGAGCAGCUCCUUUAUGGGAAUCAUACUAUUGGAGGUGGUGAGGAAUUCAGCCACCAAGACAGUUGGUGCCCCUGCCUGAAGUUGUGCUAAGCCAAUGUGGUUUUACCCACCGUUACUUUUGCAUCGUCAGCAAACGUCAACAUAGUGCAAAAGGAAUAGAGGACUGUGAGACGAUGGAAGAUGUGUACAUGGCGUCAGUGGAAACGGAUCGAGGGGUCAAGGAACAGUUGCAUCUCUAUGACACCAGAGGCCUGCAGGAAGGCGUGGAGCUGCCCAAGCAUUAUUUUUCAUUUGCCGAUGGCUUUGUUCUUGUGUACAGUGUGAAUAACCUUGAAUCCUUUCAAAGAGUGGAGCUUCUGAAGAAGGAGAUUGAUAAAUUCAAAGAUAAAAAAGAGGUGGCGAUCGUGGUUCUAGGGAACAAGAUCGACCUUUCGGAGCAGCGCCAGGUGGACGCCGAGGUGGCGCAGCAGUGGGCCAGAAGCGAGAAGGUGCGCCUGUGGGAGGUGACGGUCACCGACCGCAAGACCCUGAUCGAGCCCUUCACCCUGCUGGCCAGCAAGCUCUCCCAGCCCCAGAGCAAAUCCAGCUUCCCUCUGCCCGGCAGGAAAAACAAAGGCAACUCGAGCUCGGAAAACUAGAACUGCAGACGCGCCCGCCUUCGGUCAGCCAGGACUGCCUCUAGCUGUCUGUGAACACGUUCAAGCGAGGCCGUUUGUGUCUGCCUUGGUCCUUAGGAAGCCUCGGAUGCACUUUCAGUUAUCAUUAACUUACUUGGGCUAAGUUGUAUUGUUGCCUGACUUGAAAUCAUGCAUUUGCACCCUCAUUGUUUGAAACUUGUUCCUGAUCAUCUGUGCUACUUAUUUACAUUCUGUUGUACUUAUCAAAAGAAUAAAGCUUGGCUGUAUGCAGAUGACCCCAGUAGCUCUGCUCACCUUUAACCUUUCUCAGAAGUAGUCAUCCUGUGUCACUUCAUGCAGACUUCCAAGCGUCUCCUGUCUAGUGUUCUAAAAUGACACCUCACUGUGUCCAGAUUGGAUCACAAACAGUAAACUGGAGUACUGAGUUAAGCUAAACUUCAUCUGGUGGAGAUCUUGCUAAACAGAACAAAAUGUGUGAUUUAACUUUGUUGAAAUUAUGUUGAGCGUGAGUUGAGUAGGUGGUGUAAAUACGUUCAAACCGGUUCUUCCUUCUUUAGGAAGCUGCUGAACACUAGUAAAGCUUCAUUCUACACACGUCAAAGUUACCAUAACUACUUGGAAAGUAAGAAGCAAGCUCCUUAGUCAUUUCAACCUUGAAAGCAGUUAACUAUUGGUUUUAAAUGAGAUGUGGUCCAGCAAUAAUAGUAAUAAUGUUAAAAGGUCUACUAAACAGUAGUUAUCUUGAAUACUCUUGAUGAGGUUCAGUGAAUUUAAACUCAACUGGCUCAGUUCAAUGACUGCAAGGCAAGAACUAAGGCAUGUAAGAUACAAACUGGCAGGGCGGCAGCACUGGCCAAUUUAUAACGAAUGUUUCUCAUCAUUUUUUUUUUUGGUAAAAGAACUGUCACUCAGAUGGUUAAAUCAU